AUGGAGAUCGUGCGACGCGGGGCCACCCCGCAGAACCUGUUGCGCGUGCUGGUCCUGGUCGCCAAGACCGCCAGCGCACACCACUGCGGCGUCGCGCUGCACGCACACGCCGUGAGCCACAAGCUCGAGGAGGCCGCCAUCACAAUGGACCAAGUGCGCGAGAUUGCCGCCACCGAGCCGCGGCCUCUGUCGCUGCGCCAGAUGCGGACGUUCGCGGACGCUGGCGCCAAAGUGCGCCUCAUGUCGGCCCAGUUCCUACACCAGGAGCUGCAGUCCCGAUUCGCUCGAGCGAUCAUGGAGCUGUCGGACCUGCCGUUAGGACUGAGCAACACGGCAGCCGUUCAGCAGGCCAUCGGCGUCUACCGCCAGGAGCUGCACUGGAUCAACACGACAAAGCCCCCUACCACCAUUAGCGAGGAUCGCCAGUUCACAGAGAACCUGCGCCAGGCCAAACUGCGGGGCUCCAACCUCGUGCCGCUCAUCUGCUACGCGCUGCAGCAGCUCAAGGCCAAGGACCUCGACUUCGGGGCUCUGCAACUCGAGAGCGUCCAGGAAGACAUCACGGAUCGACUGGACAAGUUCUUCAUGGGCCGCAUCGGCAUCCGGAUGCUUGUCGGACACUAUGUCGAGUCCCUGGAGCAGCCUGGCGGCCGCGUCCACCGUGUCAAUGUCGAGCAGAUCGUCCGCGAGGUCUGCGACCGUGCGCAGAGGCUGUGUGUUGAGUACUGCGGCGAGGCCCCGCGCGUUGAGAUCCACGUGACGCCUAGCGCCGACAUGCCCUUCAUGUACGUCAAGUCGCACCUGCACCACAUGGUGUUCGAGCUCGUCAAGAACUCGAUGCGCGCGACCGUGGAGCACCACCGCUCUCGAGCGAAGCCAAGCCGCAAACAGGUGAAGGGUGUUGUCGAGCGCGUGAUGAACCCCAAGAGUCCGUCACUGGGCUUCUUCCUCCCAGCCGUGCAAGACGUUGCCGGGGUCAAGAUCUUCAGAGACGCCUGCGAACUGCCCGCGGACGGGGAAUUGCCACCAGUGAAGGUUGUCAUCUGCCAGGGCAAGGAGGACCUGACGGUGAGGGUGACCGACCAGGGCGGAGGCAUCCCGCGCAGCCGCUGGAACAAGCUCUGGCACUACGACUACACCACGAGCGCGCUGUAUCCGCCGGUCGACCCGGAGAAGUACCCGACGUAUCGCGAGCAGUUCAGCGGGGGCGGCUACGGGCUGCCGAUGGCGAGGCUGUUCGCGCGCUACUUUGGCGGCGACAUCGCGCUGAGCUCGCAGGAAGGAGUGGGGACGACGGGCUUCAUCCACGCGCACCGCCUGGGGACCAACACGGAGUCGGUCGUCCCGCUCCGGCGCCGAAUGCAGGCCGUGGCCGACUGGGAGGCCGACCGUCUUGCUGCGUAA